AAUUAAUUAAUCAAUUUAAUUUUCUUAAAUUAGUCAUACAAAUGUCACAUUUACAUCCCCAUUAGCUUACAUAAAUUUAUAUGGACAUGAAAAGUAUUUUAAAAUGAAGUAGCCGAACAGUAUUUUGAAUCGGACGGUAUGAUGUUGCUAGGCAACGGAACUCAAACAGGUACACUAACUUUACAUUGCGUGAAGGGAAGAAGUUGGUGUAACGUUAACUUAGCUAGAAAGUUGUUUAAAAGCUUUCCCAGGUUGAUACUAAAAGCAUAGCUGUCCACGUGGAUUCAAGAUGAACAUGACUGACGGAAAUACCUCUAACCAAGUGAAAUAUACUGAUGGAUGUCCAAACAUACCGAAGGCCGGAAAACUAAUACCUAUAGGAGACCGGACAAAGGUCUGCUUUCAAGAAGUGGCAAGGCCCCCCACUCCACUGGUGGUAAGGAAAUUCCGCAACAGCAACCAACCAGAGCCAGGAGCUAUCAGAGUGCACCCAGGGAAAGCAAAUGAUCCAGAUGUUGCCAGCACUCUAGUUCAUGGCAUCAGCACCAAAUCUUCCCUCACUGGCAGAGGCCUGCUAAAUCCUCCCCAAAAGACCUUGUUCCAACAGAAGUUACAAGAGCUCAGUGAAUCAGUGUACGCCUCCAGUCAAAAAGCACCUGUGGGAAGGUCUCAUGAUCAGCAUGCUGGACUUCCGACCUGGUAUAACGACAAAACUACGUAUGGUGUGAAAUCAGUUAGAGGGUUGGAUGUACGGGAAAUUAUUAACCCUUCAAAAACCGUAGAAGAGGUAGAAAGGGAAGCUCAGGAGGGACACGAGGCGUACAUCCAUAGCCACAAAGCCUAUUUUGUUGGUGAGCGGAUUGAUAGGAAGUACGAUUGGAGUCACUACGGCAAAGACAGCAGGUUUGGGAUCCUCACACCCCAUUUCAAUGACGGCCGUAAUCUCGGCAAAAGCCUCCGGUGGCUGGGAGAGACACAGAAGUUUUACAAUCCAAAGACAGUUUGGAAGAGAUCUGGGAACAGGGAAAAGCUGGCACUACAAAUUGGCAAAACAAACAAUUUGAGAGGAAAUACCUUGAAUGUUCCACCAGAUCACAUCUUUGGAAAGCUCUUGCCGCUGGAUGAAUUUGGUGUUGGAGAUAUCAUCCACUCCACAGAGCCGGGCCACUACGUGAGAGGCCGAGACCGACAGCGCAGCCUGGUCAAUGCAGUGCGACACCACCUCAAGAAGGUCAACUUCCACAACUUCCCCUCCCUGCUGCAGGCAUUCAGACAUUAUGACAAGCAGAACGGCAAGGGAAUGAUUGACAAAGAGGACCUGCAGGCAGUGUGCCAGCAAUUCCAGUUGGGCGUGAGCGGGCCAGUUCUGGAUGACCUGAUGGACUACUGUGACACAGACAAGGAUGGAAUAAUCAACUUCCUGGAGUUUGCUAACUUCCUCAACUGGAAGGACAAGAUGCCCAUCAACAGUCGAGAUCAACACAUUCUGACAAAUGACCGUCAGACUAGCAUGGCUCCACCCAACACAGAAAAGAAGCCUUCGACAGCAUCAGCACAGCUUCCUGUCUUUCAGGCCUUGAUUAAGCCUGAGGAUCUGGAGCCUGUUGAGCCAGGCAGCUCACUGAAGACUCUCAGGACCCUUAGGAAACCUAGGGAAGUCCCAGACCACUUCAGGACCUCCUACUCCCUCAUCGGGGCUGUCAGUGAUGGUUCAUUCACAUCAAAUAGCCGCGCUUAUGGGAUCCCGUCUGUGCGCGCCGACCUUCCAGCUCCACGCAUAAAGAGAGUCAGUGACACUAACAACUAUGGUGAUACAUCCACAGCUGCAGAUCUUCUGCAUCCAUCAGUUCAUACCCUUCAGGGUGUUCAUGAGGAACACUUCUUCUGUCCUCGCACCAAGAAGGAGAUUGCAGAGAUCUUCAGGAAUGUGGGUGUGAAUAUUUCUGACGAGAUGUUCGAGGAGGCCUGGAAGAUGGCGUCCAUGAAGCAUCCGGACGGGGAAGUUUGUGUCGAGGUUUUCCGUGAUGUACUCAAGGAACUAAAAGCAAUUUAAUACUCAGUGUUUUUACCAGCACAGUGUUUCCUCAUCACAGUCAGUAUUUUUUUCGAAACAAUAUCUCCGCUGUCCAGUGAAAGCUUUGUAGCUCCAAAAUGUUUGUUUGAUGGGAGUGCAUUUUUGACGCAAUGAAGAAAGAAUUUCUGCAGCCUAAAAUGUCUGACUUUUUUUAAAAAACAUUCAUCUGAAGAGCAUGGUAGUUGUGCCAUUACAUGGCAACCAUAAUGUAAACAUGUCCAGUCUCAGUACACACACCACUUAAUGGUAUAAAAAGUAAGCUAGUUUUGUUUUUAUUUUAUCUCCCUGCAUAACAACAUAUUUUAACAGCUUUGUCUUAACUGUCACGUAUUCAGUAGUCAAGACAAGACACAAUAUUAAUACCACCAUAAACUGAAAGAUAAAUAUGUCAGCAAACAAAAGAGGUUUCUUUUCUCGAUUAGGCCUCUAUCUGUUUACAGAGAAUCAAUGUCUAUUCAACUGAAAAAUAGAAUUACAUGCACAGAAACAGCUCAUUUGUCAACAUGUCACCUUUCUUUUGUUGGAAGCAAAAGGUCAUCUUUUGUUUGUACACCUAAGCUGCUGUGAAACUGUUAAAUAUUUUGUUGAUUGCUUGGACUAGCCAGUGUGACUCUUUCUAUGCUGGUGAAAGACCAGCAUAGUAAAUACUGAGGUAUGUUCUCUGCUCCUUAUCAUUUGUUCUGUCAGAGUAUUAAAUUUGAUUUCCAAGCAUA